GCAAUAUCAUCAAAGACUCAAUAGAAGGUUCAAUAGGUGGAAAUGCAUACCAGCAUAAUAAAGUAAAUCAAUGGACAUCAAGUGUUGUAGAGCAAUGUCUGAAUCAAUUGACGAAACUGGGAAAACCUUUUAAAUAUAUUGGAAGCUGUACGGUGCGAUGGGAAAAUAAAACAAUGUACUGUAUCGUCAGCGUGUUUGGUUUGGCUAUAUAAAUGUAGUAGUGGAGAACAUUUUGAUUAUUGUUGUACAGUUGUUAUGUAUAUUUAUUAAGUUAACAUUACCGUAAGCACAAUAUUGAUGUCUUCUGCUUUGUUGCAAAAAGUUAGACAUGUAUUCAGCAUGUAAUCCAGUGGUCAGUAAAUCGUUAUUGUCUAAUUAGAAUAUACCCUGAUUUGCUGUCUGCAUGAAUGCUGUCAAAUUAUUUUUUCUUUGGGCCCUAUUUUAUGUCCUGCAAGAUAUCCUUAAUAAAAUUUGAAAGAUUUGAAUCUAAUGACUACUGCUUCAAAUUUUUAGAUUGCACCCUUUGGAUGACAAGGCACUUUAGAAAUUUAACUUUUCAUGUCCCCAUUAAACAAAUUAAUGUUGUUGCAUCACUAAUAAGGCAAAGAUAUGUAGCUAUCUUCUCGCUUCGGAAAAAUAAAUAAACAACUUGUUCUGGUUAAUUCGAACAAAAUUUAGUUUGAAAAGAAAGUCAUGUGUUGGAUUUUAUAACAGGAUGAGUUCAUUUUAUUAAGUGCUAGGGAAAAAUAUUCCUAAUGCGUUUCAUUUAUUGUUAUAUUAGACAAUUACUUGGUAUCACCAAAUCACUUCCUUCUCACUAUUGGUUCUAUAUUUUUUAAAUGUAGUAAUUAUCAAUUUAUAUAUAUAUGUAUACAUAUUUGCACUUAUGUAAAGCAAACUUUAGUUUUUAUAAACUCUUAGUUAAAAUUCUUUAAAAUGCUGUUCAAUCAUUUUAUUGUGAAAGCGUUUUUUUUUCAUCUUGUUUUUAAUGUUUUGUCCCCCUAUUAUGUUUUUAAAGUUUUUAGUGUUUUUGAUUGUUUCAAAACAUGUUAGAAGCUGAUAAGGUGUCAUUGAUAUGUUAGAAAACGACAUAUUGACAUAUUCAUAUUUUGGGUCAAAAUAUAAAAAAUGUGAAAAUUGUAGUUUCUUUGAGAUAUUUGUACUUUUUUCAUUAUAAUGACCAUUUAUUUACAAUCCAAGAUUACUACUUGCCAUAAAUAUAGUUAUCAAUAAAAAUGGAUGAUGGAUAGAUUUUGCCAACAAUUCAACCAAAAGAAAAUGAUUUUUCUAUCUUAUUAAAAUGCCCAAGAAGAAAGGAAGAAAAAAGGCGAAAUCUGGAAAUGGAAAGAAAAGUAAAGAAACAGCUGAUACAUGGACGUUAAAAGAAGCAGUCAUGCUGUAUCAAGUCGAAGCGAAAGAAGCGCAGGCAAAUGAACUCAAAGAGAAUAUUGAUAAUUUAAAGCUUCGUAAUGACAGACAGAAACAAAAAAACGAGUUUUUGCGAAAUGAACAAAACCGUCAUAUCAAGGAUGUAGUGGAAAAAGCUCGCAAAAUGGAGGAGGUUUCAAGAUCACAGAAACAGACACCUUUUGAAGCUGUGGAAAAAGCUCUGGAAGAAAAGCUAGUAGCAAUUAAGGCUGAAGAUUUACAUUUGAGAGAGGUACAUCGUCAGAUCGAAGUAUUGGAUGAAGAUAUAGAAGUGCUGUCUAAAGAGUUACAAGAAUUAUUAAACUACAAGGAACAUGGUCAAACGGUAGACAGAACACAUAUUGAGGUUUUGGAGAAAGAGAUGCGAGACAUGGAAACUUCUUAUGCAGAAAUGAAAGAUUUUUUCAGUAAAAGUUUGGAAGUGAUAAAAUGUACAAUCACAAAGCAAAACGAAGAAAAUAUAACGAAGCAUAAAGAGCUUGCAUCCGAGGGUGCUAUCAGUAAUCUUGAUAAACAUAAUGGCCAAGAGUUUCUUGACAACAAAUGGUUACUACGAGAGGUGAAAAUUAAUCGCAGACAUAUCGUAGCAGUUGAAGCUGAGGUUGAACGACUGGAGAAAGAAAGCAUAAAAGUAAUGGCGGAUUUAUUUGAACAACAAUUAGAAGAUGUGAAGGAAACAAGACAGUUUUAUCUUGCGUGUAAAGAAGAUGAAGAAGCUUCGUCCGACUGUGGUAGCGACAACGAAGCAAUCAGCGAUGGAGAAGCGAUCAGCGAUAGAAAGGCGAUUGGCGAUAGAAAAGCGGCCGACAAUGAAAUGAGUGAAGAUAUGGAGGAUCUUUCUGAUAACUUGAAAUGGUUGGAUAUUUAUUACCCAGAAUUUGAGAAUAUUACUACUGAGGAAGAAUAUAGAUUAGAUCCGAUGGAGAUCAAACUACUCUGUGUCACAGGCACAAAAGUUCCUCUUCAUCGUUACGAAGAAAACGAAUUUGAUAGUUCUUCAUCUACCACUUACAAGAACUGGGAUGUCAAAAAAGAAGAUUUGUUGUGAGAACAUAAAAGGGCGUGUUUAAAAUAUUUUUGUAAUUAGAUGUAUUUUAUUUAUUUUUUUGAUGAAUAUUGUUGUGUAUAUAUCUACUCUGUUAAUAGUAUAUAAAAUUUAAUUCUUUUC